GCCCACUGUGUGUGAUCUGCUGCUCUGGCCUGAAUGAGCAAAGCCAGGAGAGGAAGUCGAGCUGAGUGAGCUGCCGGCGCGGAGAUGUUCCGAAACCAGUACGAUAACGAUGUCACCGUUUGGAGUCCUCAAGGACGAAUCCACCAGAUCGAAUAUGCGAUGGAGGCGGUGAAGCAGGGAUCUGCCACUGUGGGCCUCAAGUCACGCACCCACGCUGUUCUAGUUGCUUUAAAGAGGGCGCAGUCUGAGCUGGCGGCCCAUCAGAAGAAGAUUCUUCAUGUUGAUAACCACAUCGGCAUUUCUAUCGCUGGACUGACCGCUGAUGCCCGACUGCUUUGCAACUUCAUGCGUCAAGAGUGUCUGGACUCCAGGUUUGUGUUCGACCGCCCUCUUCCCGUGUCUCGCCUCGUCUCGCUCAUCGGGAGCAAAACCCAGAUCCCGACACAGCGCUACGGGCGCAGGCCAUAUGGAGUCGGCCUGCUGAUCGCGGGUUAUGAUGACAUGGGACCCCACAUCUUCCAGACCUGCCCGUCUGCUAAUUAUUUUGACUGUAAGGCCAUGUCCAUCGGCGCUCGCUCACAGUCGGCCCGCACCUACCUGGAGAGACACAUGGACGCCUUCUCUGACUGUAAUCUGAACGAGCUGGUGCGGCACGGCCUGUGUGCGCUCAGAGAAACUCUCCCCGCUGAGCAGGAUCUCACCACCAAGAACGUCUCCGUUGGAAUCGUGGGGAAGGACAUGGAGUUCACCAUCUACGACGAUGACGAGGUUGCUCCUUUCCUUGAAGGACUGGAGGAGAGGCCUCAGAGAAAGGUGGUUCAGCCAGCUGACGAUGCUCCUCCAUCUGCAUCUGAUGAACCCAUGGAGCACUGAGGAACCUGCAACCCCCCUUGCUGAGGAGAGAGAGGAGCUACAGCGUUUAUCCAGAGUAAACAUAACGUAUCACUGCAUCACCCACAGCGGCUGUAUGGCUUUGGUUUUCUAUCUGCAUAGAAUCAGUUCAAUAAAUGUGUUUUUUUCUGAA